AUGUCGGUAAUGUCUCAAAGUAAAAAUGCAGCAUAUGAUUAUCUUAUUAAACUUCUGUUAAUUGGGGAUUCAGGUGUUGGAAAAAGUUGCUUAUUACUUCGGUUUUCAGAUGAUUCUUUUACACCUUCUUUUAUAACUACCAUUGGAAUUGAUUUUAAGAUUAGAACGAUUGAAUUAGAUGGGAAACGAAUUAAACUUCAAAUUUGGGAUACUGCUGGUCAAGAACGUUUCCGCACCAUUACCACAGCUUAUUAUCGUGGAGCAAUGGGUAUACUUUUGGUUUAUGAUGUUACCGACGAACGUUCAUUCAACAAUAUAAGAAAUUGGUUUUCAAAUAUAGAACAACAUGCAAGCGAAGGAGUCAACAAGAUUCUCAUCGGAAAUAAAUGUGAUUGGGUUGAAAAAAAAGCAAUUGCCAAGGAACAAGGACAAGCACUUGCUGAUGAAUUUGGAAUUAGAUUCUUGGAAACUAGUGCUAAAGCUAAUAUUAAUGUAGAAGAAGCAUUUUUCACUUUAGCUAGGUAA